CACACACACACACUCUCUCUCUCUGGUGUCUGGUGAUGAGUUGUGUUCUUCAAGGCCUCCUCAGGGUCAGUGAUAACUCUGCAGAUGGUCUGUUUGUCUUCGUGACUGACCUUGCUCUCCUCCUCACAUUCUUCUGUCCUGUCACUCUAUUAAAUGUUUUCUGUGUGUGAUUGAUCAUCCUCAGCAGAUCUGUGAGACACAGAUGAGUGUCUGUCCUCACUGAGAGCGAGACCGCUUCAUGCCGUCUGUCUCCUUGCGCUCACAGAUGGAGGAGGCACUUCAGCUUUGAUUUGCUUCACAUUAUUCUUGAAUUUGUUCAUUUCUUUUUAGUAUCAGUACAGACAGAAAUGUUGCUGUUAUGUAAUGGUAAAGUCAUUUUGCAAAAAUGUUUAAAUUAUGGUAGUGACGUAUAUUUUGACUGUAACCCAAAGCAAGUAAAUCACUCACAUAUGCACCAAAAAAUUAAACCUUAAUUAAAUCAUUACUUAUUCUUUUACAUCAAAAAGUUUUUUCUCUCUUUUUUUGGAUCUGCUGAACCUGCUGCAUCAUUGUCGUGUGUGUGUGUGUGUGUGUGUGUGAGCUGCACGUGCUGCUUCUCCUCUGGUGUCUAAUGAGAUUCCCCUCGUUAAAGUCUUUAGUGUAGUAAUCUGCACCUGCACAUAGACGACCCGAGAUCUGCACAGAACCAGAGACCAGAGGAACAGCAGUAUUCAGAUUGUGCUGCUCUGAGGAAUCGAGGAGUUUUAUCAGCCCUCAAUUUGAGUCUCCAUCAGAUGAUGAUCCGUCUGAAGCGCUUCCACAGAUAGAGCUGCUGUAGAUCUGAUCCUCAUGGAGUCAAUGCUGAAGAAGUCUCUGCUGGCGCCCGUAAAGACCCUGAAGUUCUGCGUGAGCGGAGAGAAGACCAACCACGGGGCCCGGAGAGGCCCGAAACGCCAGGGGUCAAAGGGCAGGAGCUGCAAGCCUGACCCGCGUCUGCUGCGAUCCUAUCAGACCGAGCUGGACAGAGAGAGGAAACUACGAGAGGCGAUGAACGCUCAGAAGAACGCAGAGAGAGCUGCGAUGAGAGCCCAUUUCAGGAGGAAAUACCAGCUGACCAAGAAUGCCAAGGAUGCGGAGCAGCUGCGAGCCGCGGGGGGGAAAGUGUGUCUCCCACGAGAUCUGGCGAAGAUGGUCCGUGGUGAAGCCCCUGCUAAAGACGACAGCUUCUGUCUGCGGAGCGCCUUCCAGAGCCUCAGCCUCAGCACAGGCAUCUUCACAGGAAGACCGCGCCAGACACCCUCCUCAGCCAAUCAGACGCAGCCCUGCAGGGUCAUGUGACGCUCCAGACACGGGUUUGACACUGCAUGAGUCGCUCAUCACAAGUUUCCAUCCACCUAUUCUUAUGUGAAUUUUGAUAUAUCUCUUAAACACUGGAUGGAAACACCAAGAUGUGCAUAAAUUAUAAAAAAUGGGCAUAAACUUUUUUUAUCCGAUUAGAAAGAUAUGUAUAUAUUUCACACUUUGUGACAGCUUUGAUAAGCAUAUAAUACUGUAUUGCACUGUAGUAGCAUUGUUUAGAGCUGAAUCAUUGGAGAGUUUACAUUUGUUGACUUUAUAAACACUCAACAUUUGAUAAUAGUGUGUGUCAUUAUAUUUGAGAAGAUGAGUAAUACUGUAUAAUGGUUAGAUUUUGAACAUUUUUGUCCAUGUCUAAGCUGUUUAAGUGGGAAGUUGUUUAAGAUUCAUGCCAUAAUGCUUUUUUAUUCAGUUUGCCAUUUUGCACACCAGACACAUCUGACAAAGAAUAAAAACUCCAUCUGAUGCAUCAAGUCAAGUCACAUUUCUUUAUCUCGUGCUUUUAACAAUACAGAUUGUGUCAAAGCAGCUUUACAGUGUUAAACAGGAACACAGUGUGUCAGUAAUGCAGAAGCACAAAUAAACACUGUUUUCAGUUCAUCAGUGAUUCAGUGAUGGUAUCAUAAACAUAAUAGAGUAAACACUGUGUGUGAGUGUGUGUGUGUCAGAGAGAGAGAG